AUGCAAUCCCAGCCGUCACCGCCUGGGCCCGCAACUCUCGGACAGCUCCAUCUCUCGAGCCAGAUUCCAAACAGCUUUCGUGCCUUCAGCGGUCUGCCCUUCUUCUCUAGCCAGGGCCAGCAAUGGAUAGGAGACCGUACCGGGCAGCAUGUGGAUCUGUACAGGUUUUAUUGUUAUGGUCCGCCGUGGCAAUCUCAACGCGUUGCCCGAACCGAGGACAUGUACGCAUAUUUUCGGGCCCAUGACCAUCUCGAUCUGCCGCAUCCGAAUCUCUUACAUGAGUAUCUGCAUAAAUUCAGGACAAGUUACCGUCGCGUGAUGUUCCCGGUGAUUGAACUGGAAGGGUUCCAGUACACCAUUCAGGCCGCUUAUGAGCACAAAACUACCCACUACUCGCCCGACAUCCAUGGUGCAAGAGCUUGUAUAUUUGCGUUCAUGGCGUUCAUGGCUAUCCCGGAGCGACAGUCGACGAUGGCCGAGCAGUACACAUACGAGGCCAUGUUUCUGGUGCCCGGCAUCCUCCAGGGAAUGGCCAGUAUCGACGCGGUCCAGACGCUCCUGACCCUGACUUGCUCUCGGCUGUUCCUUUAUGGGGACGCAUUCUCGGUGGAUAUCAUGCUCUCGGCGGCUGCGCGGUUCUUGUUCAAUCUGGGCGGGAAUAUCCCGACCCGGACUACUUCGCUCUUCGCCCUACGUUGUCGAACUUUAUUUUGGACAAUAUACACCAUCGAUAAGGAGCUGUGCUUUCGCACGGGGCGCCCCCCAUCAUUAUGCGAUGACCAGUGCGAUUUGACGCUUCCUGACGAGACAGAAUACGCCAACCAGGUCGGGUACGGAAUUCUCCCGAAGCCUGGUCCUGAUCAUCUCCACAUUGCAUUCCCCACCGAUCUACGGAUCGCGAUCAUCAAGUCUCGAAUAUACACUAGGCUCUGGUCAGUGCCUGCCCAGUUCAAAUCUGACGCGGAGCUUCUACAGACGAUCCGCGAGUUGGACGUAGCCGUGGAAGAGUGGAAAGUGCACUUGCCCACAGUGGAAGAUCCGGUUGUGCUCAACCCGGAGAUGGCCGACGACUUUGACAUGCGCCAUCGUUUCUGGCUGUUGAACUUUCAGUACCAGUAUUGUGUCGCGGCCAUCCAUCAGACAACCACGGGCUGCGCGGCCUGGAUUCGCGAUGAAAACCAGCAGCUACCCGGGAUCACCUCGAGUCUGGCUGUUGCUGUAGCCGCGAGCCGGAGUCUCCUGGACAUCUUGAUGGAUCGACGGUUUAGUCUCGAGAUGGGUUCCUUCUGGUUCGACAGCUUCUAUAUAAUCUCCGGGGUCAUUACCCUUUUUUGCAAUAUAUUGAAGAACCCACUGGCGCCCACGGUGGGGAACGAUAUCUCCUACUUCCACAUGAUCGCGAGGCGUAUCGAGGAGAUCAGAGAUCCUGCCGAAUUCCAGGCUGACCGGGGCCGUACCCGGGAGUUUGUGGUCGAGCUGUGUCGGUUGGCGGAGUGUGCGGUACACUUUGCUAAUCAGUACGGCAGUGAAUCACCUUAA